GAAGCCAUAGAUUUUUUUUUUUUUUUUUUUGACACUUGUUCUGUUAUGUUUGGUUCCAUUCUCUGAAAAUAUGAUUGCGUUUGAAUUUUGAUGCUUGUCUGUAACAGAAACAACACAAGAAAAUAGUAGCAUAGCAUGAAAAUGCAGUCCGUUUACUGCUCUAUACAAAUUCCAUUAUCAUACAAUAUUGGUCACCCUCAUCUCUGCUUCUCUCGUGCAUUUGUCACCCGGUGUAGUAAAAAACCCAACUUUAUUAGUUCCUCAAAUCGAUGCGUUAGAAACAAGGGUGUAAAGGAAGUGGGUCCAGAAUUUGAUAGCAAAAACAUGCUUUUUAAGUGUGGUGAGAGACUUGGAAAGGAUGAAGAGCUUUCUAGUGAUUUGUACAGCCAAUUAAUCUGUGAAUGUUGCAAAGGAGGAGACUUGGAUAGAGCCAUGUCUCUUCUUGCGCAAAUGGAAGCUCAGGGGUUUCACCUCAGUUCAUCAUCUUAUGCUUGUCUGAUUCAGGCCCUUGGUAAUGUUGGAAGGACUUCAGAGGCUGAUAUGUUGUUUAAAGAAAUGAUUUGUUGUGGGUUUAGACCCAAAUUGAAUUUGUACAACAGUUUGCUUAGAGGGUUCUUGAAGAAAGGUCUGUUAGGACUUGCAAAUGGGCUCUUGAAGGAAAUGAAUGACUUAGGCAUAUGGAGGAGUCAAGAGACAUACGAGAUUUUUCUAGACUACUAUGUUGGUGCUGGAAGGUUGGAAGAUACCUGGUCAACAAUCAAUGAGAUGAAACAAAAGGGGUUUAGACUUAACUCGUUUGUGUAUAGCAGGAUUGUUGGGAUUUAUAGGGACAAUGGGAUGUGGAAGAAAGCAAUAGAGAUUUUGGAAGAGAUUAGAGAGAGGGGGAUUCCUUUAGACACGCAUGUUUGCAACAGUAUUAUUGAUACCUUUGGCAAAUAUGGUGAAUUGGAUGAGGCAUUGAAGUUGUUUCAGAAAAUGCAAAAUGAAGGUGUAAGGCCAAAUAUAGUGACUUGGAAUUCACUGAUUAAGUGGCACUGCAAAGAGGGUGAUUUCAUGAAAGCCUUUAAUUUGUUUACUGAUAUGCAAGAGCAAGGAUUGUAUCCAGACCCUAAGAUAUUUGUCACCAUCAUUAGCUGCUUGGGGGAACAGGGAAAGUGGGACAUAAUAAAGAAAUAUUUUGAAAGCAUGAAAUUUAGGGGAAAUAAAGAAUAUGGGGCUGUUUAUGCUGUUUUGGUUGAUAUUUAUGGACAAUAUGGGAAAUUUCAGAAUGCUGAGGAGUGUGUACAGGCACUAAAGUCCGAAGGUGUGCUAGUUUCUCCGAGCAUUUUUUGUGCAUUAGCAAAUGCUUAUGCUCAGCAGGGCUUAUGUGAACAAGCCAUUAAGGUGCUGCAGAUCAUGGAAGUGGAGGGAAUUGAACCAAAUAUUGUUAUGCUCAAUAUGCUAAUGAAUGCAUUUGGUAAUGCUGGGAGAUGUAUGGAAGCAAUGUCUGUUUAUCACCAUAUAAAAGAAACUGGUGCUAGCCCUGAUGUGGUCACCUACACUACGCUUAUGAAGGCUUUCUUAAGGGCCAAAAAAUUUGAUGAGGUUCCCAUUAUCUACAAGGAAAUGGAGUAUGAUGGAUGCACUCCUGAUAGAAAAGCUAGACAGAUGUUACAAGCUGCAUUAACGGUUCUUGAACAAAGGAUCUCAUUACAAACUUAAUAGGGACUGUGGUAGCCGAUCACUGGUUCAUGAUCAUUUGGAAAUUGAAUGAGCAUUGCCGAUUCCAUGGGGAGCUUUCUAAAGUUUUUCGUUAUUGGAUUUGAUGAUAUGUACUGGAUUAGUUAGCUGGAGAGGCGUUUAAUGAAAGAAAACUGAUAUUUUCUUCAAUGUCUUCCUUUGCCAGUGAAGCAGAGAUGAGAGAUGAUUCAGGUUGAGAUCCCUCUUGUCUAGAGUGUUGAAAGGGCAGUGUUUUAUGUUUGUCAUUUCUAGAAAGCUUAUGGAGACAGUGUCCAUUUAUGAGAGAUUAAAAGGGCUGAAAGAUACUAGAACAAGGAUUGAGAAGGACAUUUGGGGUUUGUUAAGUAGUUGCUAAUUUCAUCCAUUUAUGAGAUGAUAUUUCCUUUCCUGGAGAUUCCUAAAGAAGGUUCGUCCUGUGAUAUUGGUCAUUUCAGGUGAUUGGCCAUGAUAUUGGGUAGGGUGUUAUUGGCUGCAAAAGAUGCAAUAAUGUCCCAUCCUUGGCUAAUUAUUCGAUGGGAAUUUGGGAUCCUCAGACAGAUUGGUAUGACAAUUUAAAUCAGGAUACCCGGGACAAUCGUCUGCUCCUCUAUCUUCAUUUGCAAGACUCUUGGUACAUGAAUGAUGUUGAUGGGGAAGGUGCUCUGUGUUUAACAUAUAAAAAGCAAGAUUAGGCAGUCAAGAUGAGACAUUAUGUAUAUUUUCUUGUAACAUUGUUAGGCUCAUCUGUGUGAUCUGCUUUUUCUCACAUUGAUGUUGAGAGAUAGAAUAGAGACACUAGGACACAGUAGUUAGUGUUCAAUGAGUAUGGAUUCCUGAAGUUUAACAUCAACCAGAGACAUAUUUUCUCAAAGUUUGCACUGUAUUGUUUUAUGGAAUUUCUUCUUAGCCAGAAGUUAGUUGAGAGUUUCAGCGGUCUUGUGCUCAGAGAGUAUUUAAGCUCAGGCAAGAUGGCUGUCUUUCCUAUCAAGGAUUGCUCAACUACCAAUGCUAGUGCUCUCACUCAAACCAAUGUUCCUGUGAAGCUGUGUACCCGAGUAUUGUAUUAUUUGAUGAUGCAAAAGAAUACUUGAAAGAAAUACAAAUCAUAUUCAUGUAAUUUUCCUUUUUCUGUUCGGUUAAACUUUUUUCUAUAGGCAUUAUUAUACUGGAAAGAAUGUCCUUGUGUGGGAAAGCAAUAAUUUACUCUCGAAGAAUUCAAAUAUACACAGUUUAGUUAUUAG